UUGAGCGAGGGACGCGGCGGCGGCAGCAGCUUGGCUGCUUGUGUUCCUUCUAGCCCGCGCCGCGCCUGGACGGUGCCGCAAGUAUUGACCUCUCAGGCUCCCCCCUGCUCAAACCCGCGCCGUCCUCCCAAGUCACGGCGGCCAGCUUAUCCCUCAUCCCGACGGUGCCUUCGCCGUCCUCCGGCCUCUUCCUCCUCCUGGCGGUCCUCCCCGUAGCGCCGGCGCCUGCAAGCCCACCCCACUCCCACCCUUUCCCCGGCCAAGGACAGCGGUUUUCUCCCAGUUUCUUUGCACCCCCGAUUCGUUGCCGUUCUUCUUAUGAUUCACUUGUUACCCUCCGAUUCCAGCAGUUUCUUCUCCUUCCUAUCCAUAGCUAUAUUUUGCAAAUUAUUUUCUUGUAUUUUAAUCCGCAGUCCCUCCGGGUAGGGGGGUGCAACAAUAUUUUGUCGUGAUUUUCCUUUUCCGGUAAUAGUUCUUAGGGAGGUAGCCGUUUGAAUGUAUUGCAGUUAAAGCAAGGCAUUUUUGUGGCACUAAAGAUUAAAAGUAUUUAUUAGGACAUUAGCUUCAUUGGAUAACUGUUAAGCUAUUGCUUUCCUCAACUACAGUGCUGCCACACACAUAAUUGGCAAAUAGUCUAAUUUUUGUUCAUGUGCCAGUAAGUCAAUAUCACUUGUAUGCUUUGUGGUUAUCUUUUAAUUUUCUGUAGGCUUCUGUCUUCCCAGUAGUAGUAAACGUCUUGAGGAUUGUAUUGUAUGGAACGGCAGUGUAUCUGUUUUUGUGUGACAGAAAGAGCUUUACUUGCUCCAAAAAGACUGUAGUUGGAAUGUUUUGCAUUUUUCUUCAUUUCUGAUUCGUAGAAAUUUGCUAGAUUUGAAAACAGCACUUUAUUUAGUAUCAUGUAUCUUUUGCUUAGGUGUAAGGUUUUGCUGGUCAGUGUUAGAGAUGCAGAAAGAACAGGAUUAAUUAGAACUGAGCAUCCUUCCCAAACCUAAUAUUUUUCAGCCGUUUUGAGAGAGAUGUAGUUUCUAACAUCUUGGUUUCAAACCACAGUGAAUGAAAAGUAUGUUAGAGCAACAAUAUAUGAAAUUAUUUGCUGAAUAAUAGACAACUGAAGAUGCCUUAGGUGAAAUUGCUUCAGUUUUAGGUUUGAAAUAAUAUAGAUAAUAAUGGAGGAUGCCGAUACUGGAUAGCAUGUUUCAGAAAGCUCUUCCUUGUGCCUAGGUUAAAGUGCUAUCCAGCAUUCCAUGAGCUGGCAGAAAACUAUACCAGAAUAAAAUUGGCUUUCCUCUGUGGCUAUUCUUAUCCUGCUACAGGCAUGAUGGCAACAAAUGCUGCUGUUCUUAACGUGGGCUUGGUGCGGGUUUAGCCAUCUGCCAGAACUUGCUGUGGUUUUGCACAGGUGUUUCGUGGAAGGGGCUUGAAGGGAGUCUGGCUAUUAGCAGAUGUCAGUUGAUAACUGGACUCAUUUUGGACUUCAGUUUAGUGCUGUUCCAGAAGAGCACUGAACCUGUGUUCAAAAGCAGAUCAAACAGUAGCUGACAAGUAUGUCGAAGGUUGAACCAUGAACCAUGGCUCUAUUUCUCCUGCUUUACUGACAGUCACCACUGCUGUCAUCUCAGAGACCUGUCAGGUAAAGGGGAAGAGCCCGAUUUGAAGGAACCAGAUUCUCCUGCCCAAAGUGGAAUGGAGGACAGUGCCCAGGGGCUAUAUUUGCACUAGCUUCAAGGGGCUAAUGGGGUCAGGCUAAUCUACCCCUCCCCAAGGGAUUUCCUGAGUGCACCAAUUGUAUCUUCAGCAGAACCUAUGUUGGGAUAAAGAGGAAAAUGCCACUUUAAUACCAGCACAGCUAAGGACAGCUCAAGGAUGCUUCAGGUGUGGGUUAGGAAUCAGAUAAAGGUGAUGCCAUCAGGACACAACAGGAAAAAGGUUUCUGGGACAUGUUUGGGCUGCAGUUAGACACAGAUGAAGAAAGGCUCUUAAAAGGCAAUGUUUAUCAAGUAUUAGUAAACAACAACAACAAGGCUUUCUAAGUUGAAGCUUAUACUACCAUCUCUCCUAGAUCCAGGAUAUAAUGCUAGCUCUGUGGAAACUAUAGUUUGCAAAGUAGUAUCCAACCUUAUAAAUAUGUUUCCCCCCUUUACAUUUUGAAUGACUUCUUCCUCCUUUUCCUAUUUUAGCUAUGAUUUUGCACUGACAUUUGUGCUUAGUUCCCUUGAAAAUCAGAAAUAAAUGAUCAUGGUUUGAAAUUUCUACACAAACAGUAGUUAAGAGAACUUGCAUUUUGUUCUUUGUUUAAUAUAUGGCCAUAAUUAUAUGCCAGCAAGGGAAAGAGGCAACUGUUCUGAAAUGAGACUGUGUUUCUGAUUUGCAAAUAGCGGCUUGCAAUAAUUCUUGUUAAUUCUUUAUUGUGUUGAAGCAUUUGAAGGCAAACUGGGAAUUAAUAUUUGUGGCGCAUCCUCAGAGCAAAACUUCAUCAGUGUUGGAUAAAUGUUCUGUAACAUUCUGCUUUAGGCCUGCUUGCCUACGUUAUUCAUCCUUUCCCCCUAAUCUGUAGUUCGACAGCAUAUUACUGCUCAUAUAAGGCUACAGCUUAAAAUCUGUGGAGCACAUAGUAUAUUGAUUGAAAUCAUAAUAUGGGUCUUUCAUUAGUCCUGACUGGCUUUUUGCCUGUUCAUUUUUGUAUUCAUAUGUAUUGCUUCAUACAAGAAGGAUGCUGCAAGAUAAUGGUAAACAGUUUCAUUGGGAACAGUCAUAAUUUAUUUUAGGAUUGGUUGACUGUUGAUGUUCCUUACAGAAAUAAUAAGUUGCACAUUUAUUUUAAUUUAAUUUAGAGUGGGUUUCCAGGUAUGGGGCAAGCUAUUCCUUAAUAGCGUAAAUAUCAGGGAAUCAGGAAAAUUAUCAUGAAGGAGGGACUUCCUAUUGCCUAGUUUAAUAGUUGUUAUUGCUGUUUUGGUGCAGUAGUAGCUUUUUCCUGUACUGUUUUUGUGAGAAGAAGCAGACAGCAUAACCACUUUGGAAAAUUAAAUAGUUGUAGACAUUUUGUGCAGAAGCACCUUAAAGGUUUAAAUAAAAAUUCAUUUGAAUAUCUCUUAGUUGUUUUUUAAUUGUGUGGCAGCACAAUGUUUAUAGAGAUGAAUUAGCUAUUCCUGUUCAGAAAAAAUGCUAACAAAUUGAAAUGACUUUUGUAUGUUGUAACUUUACUGAUUCUUUUUCCAUUCUGGAUUAACAAUGAACAAAGCUUGUUUUGUGCAUGUUAUACGUAUAACUAUAUUAGGGAUGCAAUUGCAAGUUUUCUUCUGUUAAAUAUUGUUUGUUGAUUAAUUGCAGAAUGUUUGGCACUCCAGGCCUGCAGAAACUAAGUGUGAUUUACAGCCAAGCUGGAAGCAGCCAAGAAAACAGCCAAAUACAACAUGGAAGACCGGUGAACUUCUGGAGAACUGAAGUGAAAGUUGGCAUAGUUUCUAUGAAACCAUAAAUGACUUCUUGGCAUCUUGAUUGCCAUGACACCCAGCAGAGGAUUGUGUGGAAAAUGUGGGAAUCCUCCCCUUAAAAAACUGCUGACAGCCAUGGCUAGUUCCAGGGUUUGCCUCUUGUUUUGACACCAUGGGAACGUGCUGCAGUAGCCCAUGCCGAGACAGGGUUCCAGAUAACCACCCCACCAAGUUUAAGGUGACAAAUGUUGAUGAUGAGGGCAAUGAGCUGGGCUCAGGGAUUAUGGAAUUGACACAGAGGGAACUUGUUUUGCACACUCAUAAGCGCGAUGCUGUUCGGUGGCCAUACCUUUGCUUGCGUCGCUAUGGCUAUGAUUCCAACCUCUUCUCGUUUGAAAGUGGACGUCGCUGCCUGACUGGACAGGGAAUUUUUGCAUUCAAGUGCUCAAGAGCUGAAGAGAUAUUUAAUCUGCUGCAGGACCUGAUGCAGUGUAAUAGCAUCAGUGUGGUGGAGGAACCUGUUGUCAUUACAAGGAAUGCAGCUGAACUGGAGCUACCCCGGACUCCCCAGACACCUGAUAUCCCAGGUUUUCCUAAUGGGUUCCAUAACUUCCCUAUGGAGCCCUCAUCUUGCUCUGCAGCCCGCCAUGCCCCCAUGAGUAGUCUAAGGCAUUCUUCAGUUGGGGAGGACUCUACACAUGCUCUUAUUAUCCCUGAUGGGCAAUCCCACACCUAUGUAAACACAGCCGGUGGUGAGGAUGACGUAAGAGGUCACCACUGUAUGCACUCCUUACCUGAGGUUCAUCCUCCGAUUGCCCAUUCCAACCAUAGCUGCUCCCUGGAGGACCGGAAUCCCCAGGUUUACCUUCAGCCAGGAGAGGUGAAGUUUGUUUUGGGCCCGGCCCUGGGUUAUAGGCACAUGAUAAAAUGUGAUGGCUGCUGUCGGCCCCACUGGAAGUGCUCAAGGCAUUUCUGCACCCCUCACAACAACAACAACAAUGAGUACAAAGAUGAGUGCCUCGCCCCCAAGUGUGUUUAUGAGAACCUCAACGGUCCGCUGCCUUCUCGAGGAACCUUGCUUCGUCGGGGCGGCGGGCGCUUGAAAAUUCCUCGUGAGGAUCUGAAUCCUACCAGUUGCUCUCAUCGCAGGACCACUCUACUGCACUAUGAGAACCUGCCGUCGCUGCCUCCUGUGUGGGAGUGCCAGCCCCUAAGACAGGGCCAGGAUGAGGAGGACUCUGGUGACGCAAUGACACCUUCUUCCAGUGGUUAUCCAGAAACUGAAGAAGAUGACCCUUUACGAAACUACAUGAACUCAGAAAGGGUUGCCCUACAUGGAGGUCUGCGCAGGGGAGGUUGCUUACAACGGCGCCGCAGUUGCACACCCAGCGUUUUCAAUUUCGACUUCUGCCGGCCCUACUUGGAGCAGCCAAGGCAGCUCAAUUAUAUCCAGGUGGAACUGCAGGAUGAUCCUUGUAAAGGGCACCAAAGCUUACCAGUCCCCCAUGUCCCGUGUGCGGCUGCCCAUCCAGCCCGCAGGACCAAUUCCUAUGCGGUCAUUGACCAUAAAAAGACAGCAGCCAUGUCCAGCUUACAGAGAGCACUUCCUAAGGAUGAUGGGACUUCCAGGAAAACACGACAUAACAGCACUGACCUGCCUCUGUAAGAAGAACACUCAACCCAAGCACCUCAUUGUGGCUUUUGUAUCUGCUCUUCAAAAAAUCAUGUCACAUAACUGCCAUCUUCCCAUUGUGCCCCCUGUUACUCAGUGUGAGUCACUGGAAUAGUUUCAUCAAGCUAACUUAAAAAAUGUAGCCUAUCUGUGCCUCUUCUGAGCCUCCUUUUCUCCUGCCAUAUACUUUCUGAAGCCCUGCCAUGUGCUUGAUUAUUUCACUUGCCUGAUGGCAGGGUGGGUAAUGGUACAGUUAGAACUUGAAGGCUAGGGAAGCUCUAUUUAACUUUUAUUUUUGAAAAUAUACAAAAAAUAUAUUUAUUUUUAAAUUUUGCAUAAACUUAUUUUUCAGAGAUGCCUGUAUUAGUUAGUUUAUUUAUUUAUUUAUCCAAGUUAAAGUGCCCGGCAAAUGUAAUGUUGAAUUGCUUUGCGAUUAAUUCUUUUCUCCGUGAGAAUCAGGAAAGCAGUAAAAGGGUAGGUGCUGUAUCAAAUUUUUUAACAAGCAUAAGGCCAGUCCUUAAAAGGCAAAACAAAGGAGGAGAUUCAGGGAAUGUGACGCAUGCAAGAAUGGUUCCCAACCCAUGUAGUCCUGGGGGUGACUCAAUAUGCUGACAAAGCCUAACUUCCCAGCUCCAGUUUUUGACUGACUGUACAUCUCAUAAUAUGCUUCUCUUCAUCCUCAGAGCAGGAAAACCACAGAACUAUAAAGCACCCAGCCAAACCCCUGGUGGACCUUUUAAAUUUUUGCUGCUUGCAUAACAGUCUGGCAGAGUCUCUCUAAAAAGCCAAUAUUCUGAUGUGUAUUUUACAUGGUACUGUUUUGCUGGAAUCAGGUAGAAAUUUCUUCCUCCAUUUUGCUUUAUUGCCUCAGAUCCAACCCUCUAAUACUGUCCAAUGCAUACUUCAAUAUGCCAGUGAAACCGAGGCCAUCAUUGGCAAAUAAUUGAUUUAGGGUGGUAGGGAAACAGAACAUUUGAGCAACUUUAAGGACAAGCAAAGCUUUGCUUAUUUGGGAUUUUCACAGGUACUUUAGGUUAGUAAUAGACCUACAAUAGGGAAUACACAUCUGGUGGUUAUUAUUUAUGUAUUUGCUGCUGUUUGCCUUCCCAGAGGCAGCCCAUCCAGGAAUAAAUGCAUUUGAUCUAAAGUUCAAUCAGGCUUUUCUGAAAAACUCUUUCAUUGAAGCCAUUAUUAAAAUUCACUGUAUGUGAAACAAGCAUUACAGAAUUGGGAAUUAGAAAUCCUUCUGGUAGUAAUGAUUUCCUUGCUCUUGUUUCCAAAUCUGGUAAGAACUGUCCCUCUAUAACACAGCUUUUAAAUAUGUUUUUCAUUAUCACAUUUUAUUGGAAAAUAGAAUGUUUAUCUGUUUCGUUUUGGAUUUCUAAUGUAAUCCAUCCCAAGGAGUCCAAAUUAAUACUAGUAUUUCAAGCAAUAAGCUCAGUGAAACCAAGAAUCUAAAGUAUUCAUAAUUUGGAUAAACAUUAAUUCUAUUACAAGCUGAUCCACACCAUUAAAAGCUUACUGAAACAAGAAUAUAUUGCAGAAGCUUUGAAAACUGCUUGAAAUUAUGUUUUAAAAAACUGGUUUUAAAGUAGUUUUUCUUAAGCCUUUUUAUUGCACAGUGGUAUUCUGACUUGUUUGUUAUUUACUGCUUGUCAUAUUGUCAUAUUCAAAAACACAUGCUUUGCAUAUAGAAUAUCCCAGGUUUAAGCAGGAGUGAGAAUUUCCUGCCUGUUAACAUAGAUAAUACUGACCUAGAUGAUCAGUACCAUGCUCCAGUAUCUUAUAUCCUUUAUCUUUCAGUCUCCAUUCCUGUAUUCCUCUGUAGUUCUACUGUAUACUCAGAACUAAAAGAGAAAAAAAAAGAUGCAGUAAAGGGACAAGAGAAGAAAGUGUUAGGGAAUUAAUCUAAUUUUGCUUCAGUUACAUAUAUUUCAUGUCAUGGAGGAGUUUAUCAAUCAACGCACUUAGAUUUAGAACUGGCUCUUACAUGAUAACUGUACAUGGGAGUUGACUUGGAAGGUUUUGAACGUGGCUGCUAUUCCAUACAGUUUCAGUAUCACAAGCAGGUAUAAAAGUGUCAAAUUUUAGCAUUUUUUCCUCUGUUAUUUUCACUGUAGUCUUACAGAACAUAUUCUAAAAUUCAAGGCUGUAAGGGGAAGAAAGACUUAUGUGGGUAGAUACCAAGAUCUCUUCACUGUGGCCCUUUGUCAUAUAGUUAGGAUAGUCAAGAAGGCAUUGAUUUGAUGAGUGAUUUUGUAUUCUUGCUGUAUAAACUGAGCUAUUUCUGAUUUUAAUCAGUCAUUAUAAAAAUCAUUUUGCUUAUUUAGCAUUGCCUUUCUAACUGUUGUGCAUAAUAUGUUGGAAUUGAUUAGUAGAUAUUACAAGUAGGUGAUCUUUUAUGACCAUCAGCCUUUGUGAUGUUCCAAUGUCUAAUCAAAGCCUAUUAGAAUUAAUGGAAGAAUUCUUCUGUCUUAUUUACCUUGCAUCAAGCCAGUCAAAAUACAUCAUCACCACCACCACCACCACCACCACCAUCAUCAUCACCAUCUUUUUAUUCCGCCUUUUUUAUAUAUAACUCAAGGUGGCAAACUAAUACUCCUGCCUCCUAUUUCCCCACAACAACCCUGUGAGGUGGGUUGGGCUGAGAGAGAGUGACUGGCCCAAAGUGACCCAGCCAGCAUUCAUGCCUAAGGAGGCCCAGUCUUCUGCUUUCUAGCCCAGCACCUUAACCACUACACCAAACUGGCUCUCAAGCCAUUGUGGGGAGAUUCAAUAUGCAGGAUUCUUCCAGUAUCAUCAUUUGCCUCAGCGUCAGUUUUACUUCAUGAACCCAUGUGGUGUUCACUAUAGAGCAUUAACUGUAGGCUUCCAUAUAUUUAGGUGAUGGGCAGGCUGGAGUCCAGAGGACUCAAGCAGCAUUUUGUCACCACUCAGUAUUGAUCACAAAGCUAUGUGUAGCUAGCCUAUUGGUCUGUUAAGAUGGAAAAAGAAUUGUUUACUUUUUCAGAUGUAAUGGAACUUAAAGUGUAAUUAAGCAACAUUGAUUAGGAAGGAUAAAAUAAAAUAAGGGAGCUCUUCUUUUCAAGGAUUAUGUUUACUCUGAGAGACUUACUUAAUAAAAAGGAAGGUCUUCAGUUGCUAUUGCUGCAGAGUCAAGAGAGCUAAAAUCAUGCUUUUGUACCCUAUACUCUAGAAGCAUGGCUUAGUUUUAAGUACUAGGAAAUGUGAUUACCUGUGGUACAAUUAAAUCAGUGCCAAAGAUAAGUGUUCAUCUAAUGGGGACACAGUACGGUUUAAUUGUUUGAUUUUGUCUUAGUGUUUGGAUAUAGCCAUUUUGGUUUUUAAACCAGGUUUAUGGCUUAGUGUAUUCUGUGAAUUCAACCAGUUGUGGCUUAGUGACUAAGCCAUAUUUAAACGAACAAUGACUUAGGUCGUUAUGUGGAUCUAUCCACUGAAUGAGAUGCAGUGAAACACAUGAAGCUGGUUGCCUGCUAAUGUUGUCUUUCUGCAGUUUACAUCCAUUCUUUGUUUUAACAGUUAAAUAGCUUCAAUGCUCUGUACUUCGUUUUAUUACUAUUUACUACUAUUAUUUUUUAUAGACAUUUAAGUAGCAUUUUCUAACGUGACCAAGAAUGGUGCUUUUGCCAAGCCUUUGUUACCAGGGUUAGAAAGGUUCCAACUAGCAGAGAUGCUUAAUAGGCGUAUGACAAGCAGAAAUGCAGUUGGUGUACUUGCCUCUCAUAGAUUAAGACUGGUCACCACCCCAACCUUCAGGGGGAACAGGCUUAUUAAAUGGGUCCACUGCAGGCACCUUGUGGAUCUUUUUGGUUUCUAACAGUGCAUGGGAAGGUUGCCAGUGGCCUAGCAGACAGCUCUGUGGGGCAUUUGUUCAAAUCUGUCUAAUGGUGGCCACAGUUUCUACUAAUAAUUUCCUUAGUAGUAUUAGUUUUAAUGGUUUGGUUUUCAAGUAUUUUAUAGGUGUUUUAUUGUGUUUGCUUUAAGCUGCCUAGAGUUGUAAGAAUAGGCAGCAUACAAUGGUGGUAAAUAAAUAGAUAACCAUUCAGCAAUCCAGUGUCUCCUCCACAGGUGAUGCUUGUGCUGUUUCUUCAUUGGGUCUGCACCCACAUGAUCACACUGGGGAAACAGAGCUGAUUAAUUUUGAGUUCAGUAGUGGGGCAGGAGGAAGUACUGCAGAUGCUGAAACUGAAGUGGUAGAGCCUAGAGGUGGGAAAUUUUCCUUUAGUGGGAAUUAUUGCCUCAUCCUGGCUCCUGAGUUCUCCAUUCUCCCUGUUUGGGUUAAGGAACUAUGGCACUACAGUGCCUUUUUAUCGGUCGUCUUAAAAUGCAUAAAGAGGCAGCUUUGUAGCUGUCCUUGCAGUAGCCAUUCAUAUUUUUGUAUCACAACAAAAACUGUGUGAAGUUUGGGUGAAGUCAUAGUGUACUGUCUGGCUACCAUUUUUUUCUACUUGCCUAUGAGCAUAUGAACACCAUUGCCAGAAUGCUGGCAGUGAAUUGCAGGACACUAUGAAUUCUUUGGGGUGGGGGAAGAGUAUGAUAAUUUCUGCUUUUCUAACUGGAAGUUAUCUCUUAACUCUCAUUUUCUACAUGUGCCACAUUAGUUUUAAUAAUGAUCAAGAAAGCAAAAGUGAAAAUGUUGUGGCCUUUCUGGCAAUAGUUGCAAACCUCAUAGACUUGAACAGCUGCUAAACAUGAUGCUUUCCCAUCUCUGAAUACGUAGUGCUCAGCACCCCAUAAAAGUAUUUGUCUGCUUUUAGAGAUCCCUCUGGUGCUAUUGGAAAGAUUAAUUUAACAUGUUCAAUAAUAAAUUGCCAUUCAGAACAAUCACCACAUCCAAACUAAGUUGGAUUGCCACCUUUUUUCUUUCAUGGAAACUCCAAGCCUUUAACAACUAUGGCAGGCAAAAAUCUAGCACAUUUCUGAGCAUAGCUGUGCAGUAAUGUGGAAAGCUUGUAUUUAUUGCCUGUUAUGCAGUAACUAUACACUGAACCUUUCUAGUGAAAAAUAUAACAUGUCAUCUUAAACUAGACACAUGUUUUAUUACUUCCUUAAUAUCAUUUCCAUGUUAUUUAUUUGUUUGUUUCUCAUAUUUCUACACUGCCCAUUUCUCAAGCAACUCUAGUCAUCUUUAACAUUUAACACAUUAAAGAUAGUUUUCAUUCAGGGGACUGUCAUAGCCUAAUUUUCUUUAUGCUUCAGUGUCAAAGCAUAUUAGGAUAUUUUGUUCUCUUGGAUAGUUAAAACAAAAUAGAUAGUACUUCAGAGCCCCCUUUAAACACAUUGCCGGUGAGUAUGUCUGUUUACGGCUACACUGCAUCCAGCAUCUCCCAAAGGUUAGAGCAGGAACUGCAAGCUGACUGACUUGAAUAAUGGUUAUACCUACUCAUCUCACAAGGACGUUAUGAAGAGUAAUUGAUGUUUACAAAAUGAGUCUCAGAAAUGCCAAGAAACAUUACUACUGUACUGAACUUACUUUGCACAUCAAAUGGAAUCCCAUAUUAGUUGGUAUUGUGUUUAGUGUGAAAGGGCAUUAUCUCUAAUCCAAUUCCCUAGUUCUUUAUCAUCUCACAGUGGUGUAUCUGUAUCUUCUGGUUGGGCUUUGGGGAACCUUGUUCUAUAGAAGGAAAGAUAAUAGGUUUUACUUCCUUAUGUUUUAAUAUUUAUCUAAAACUUUCCACAGUUUAAAUGCUUUCAUGUUAAGUUCAUCUCUUCAGGCAUUGUUGGAUUGCAUAAAAGUAGGGAACUGUUGCAUCUUGCCCUACAGGUAGAAGAACCUGCAUCUUCCUCUGUUUUCUCAUUUAUGGAGGUAGGAAAGAUACAAGAACUCUAUCUAAUAAAAAAUGUAACCAGCUUAUGACAGUUUAUUCUUCUGGAACUUUCACUCCUCAACUUCAUGAAAUACUUGAAACCUUGUGAAUGCCCUGUUCUGGAAUUAGAUAUUAAAAAGUAACCAAAUUGGAGUCUGGGAUUGUGAGCCAGUGACUUUAAGUGGGAAGGUAAUUUUUUUUCUGUAAUUUCAUUUGAAAAGCCCGGCUGUAGCUAGGUAGAUCUCAAGUUCUUACGUUGUGCAGUUUUCUUCAUAGUUACUUGUACUGAUGAUUUUGCUGACUAUUUCUGACCUGGCGGAAAAACAAGGCAUGGGGAUGCUCAGUUGUUCUGGCCAUAGAAGUUGCUUUGUGAUUUUUAUUCAGUGGUUUCUGCUGUGUAUCUCUGUUAAUUCCUAUUUGUGUCUUAUCCUGUGUAGCCUUCAAAGUGAAGAGCAUUAGCAGUGCCAUGUGAUUGAGGAGCACUAAUAUCUUACGUUAAUGUGCAUAAAGAAUGUAUCCAUAAUAAAUUAUAUCUGAUGCUUA